AUGUCCACCCCCUCCCGCCCCCGCCGCGCCGCCGCCGCCUCCCGCAAAAAAAUAAUCGACUCCGACUCGGACGGCGACGGCCCCAGCACCACCACCAAGCACGAAGAGCCCUCCGACUCCUUCGAGGAACAAACGCCUCCCAAACGCAAAUCGCGGCGAGUCAGCGCCGCCGCCUCCGCCAGCAGCAGUAGUGCCGCCCCCAAGCCGCGACGCCGCGUCAAGGCGCGCAAGACCGAGGAGGAGGAGGAGCCCCAGGGGGGUGGGGAGAAGGAGGAGAAGGAAGCCCCCGCUGCGGCGCCGGCGGUAAGGAAGCGCGCUGUGAGGGGGGCGGGGACGCGGAGGAAGGCUGCGCCGGCGGCGGCGCGUGGAGGGUCUGAGGUGCCUGCGCUGGAGGUGACGCCGACGAAGGUUGAGGAGGAGGAGGAGGGUGGUGAUGUUGAUGUUGAUGUCACGCCGCGGGCACGAAAGACGCAGCAGCAGCAACCACAAGCACCAGAGUCACCGACACCACAGUCCCGCCAGCCCACUCCAGCCCCACAACUUCAGUCCCGUCACGCAACACCCACACCAGCCUCACGACAAACCACGCCCGCCCCCCCCACGCACUCCCGCCAGUCCACCGCGCCCCCCCAAACACCUCACCACCGCUCCCACUCCACCACCCCCGCCCCCACGCCCGGCCAGCGCUCCCGAGCCGGCACGCCCGGGCCCCCGCAAACCCCGCUGCGCACCAUCAUCGCCGAACUCAAGUCAUCGCCCUCCCCUCGCAAAUCCGCGCCCAUGUCGCCGCGGCCGGGCUCGCGCGACUCCAUGCUCGCAGCAGGCACAGGCACGCAGGCGCCGCUGGUGGUCAAGAACCGCGCCAACACGCUGUUUGAGCAGCAGCAGGCGGAAGAGCUCGCGGGGCCCAAGCCGCGGCUUGUCAUCACGCAUCUGGUGCUUGUCAAUUUCAAGUCGUACGCUGGGCGGCAGGAGGUCGGGCCUUUUCACGCUUCCUUCUCCUCCGUCGUCGGCCCCAACGGCUCGGGCAAAUCGAACGUCAUCGACUCCCUCCUCUUCGUCUUCGGCUUCCGCGCCUCCAAAAUGCGCCAAGGCAAGAUCAGCGCCCUAAUCCACAACAGCGCGCACCACCCGCACCUCGACCACUGCGAAGUGCAAGUCCACUUCCGCGAAGUCCUCGACUCCCCCACCGGCGGCGACCCCACGCCGCUGCCCGACACCACACUCGUCGUGUCGCGGCGGGCCUUCAAGAACAACAGCAGCAAGUACUACAUCAAUGACAACGUCUCCGACUUCACCGCCGUCACGGGGCUACUCCGCGCAAGAGGGAUCGACCUGGACCACAAGCGCUUCCUAAUCCUUCAAGGCGAGGUCGAGAGCAUCGCGCAGAUGAAGCCGAAGGCGUCCUCGGGCAGCGACGACGGGCUGCUCGAGUACCUCGAGGACAUCAUCGGCACGAGUAAGUACAAGAGCCCGAUCGAAGAAUCGGCAUCGCAGGCCGAGGAGCUCAACGAAGUCUGCGUCGAGAAGCAAGGGCGCGUGUCACACGUCGAAAAAGAGAAAGUCGCUCUCGAGGGGCGUAAAGACGCCGCUUUGGAGUAUCUACAGAACGAGAAUGACCUCGCGCUAAAGAAGGGUGCGCUGUACCAGCUGUUUGUGGGGGAGUGUGAGGAGAAUGUCGCCGUGACUGGUGGUGUGGUGGCGCAGGUGCAGGCGAGGCUGGAUGAGGAGUUGGAGAGGAGGGGGGGGAGCGAGGAGGGGAUUCGGAGGUUGGAGGGGAGGUAUAAGGAGGGGGCGAGGGAGGUUGAGGAAGUCGAAGAGGCGACAAAGGCAAUCUUGAAGGAGAUGAGCCGGAACGAUAAGGAGAACGUCAAGUUCCAGGAGAAGGAGAAGUUUCUCACGCAGAAGCAGAAGAAACUGCAGAAGUCCAUCCAGACGAACAAACUCGCCGCCUCCGAAGCCACCUCCAUGAUCGAGAAGCACAUCUCAGACAUCACCCGCCACAGCGCCGAGAUCGCCUCCCACGAGCAGAACCUCGCCAUCCAAGAAGCCGAACUCGAGCGUAUCCGCGACACGCUCAAAGAAAAGACGCAAGGCUUCUCAGACCAGAUCGCCGCCAAACAAAAGUCCCUCGAGCCGUGGAAGGAGAAGAUCAACGAAAAGCAAUCCGCCAUCGCCGUCGCCCAAUCCGAGCUGGACAUCCUCCACGAGAAGGCCAACGCCUCCAACAACGCCCUCGAGGAAGCCCGCGCAAAGAUCACCACCAUCCAGCAUGCCCGCGCAACCAAAGAACAGGAGCUACAACAGUGCCGCCAGGAGCUCCGACGCCUCGAGAAGGAGGCCGCGAAGGUAGAAACCUCCCUCGAAGCCAUGGCGGCCAAAGAAGCCCCCCUCCGCAGCAACCUCUCUAGCGCCCGUCAGAAGGCCGACGAAGCCAAAGCCUCCCUCGCCGCCACCCAAACCCAAGGCAAUGUCCUGACCGCUCUGAUGCGCCUCAAAGAAUCCGGGCGUAUCGAGGGCUUCCACGGCCGUCUGGGCAACCUCGGCACCAUCGACUCCCGCUACGACGUCGCCAUCUCGACCGCCUGCCCUCAGCUCGACAACAUGGUCGUGGACACUGUCGACGCCGGCCAACGGGCCAUCGACCACCUGCGCAAAAACAACCUCGGCCGCGCCAACUUCAUCUGCCUCGACAAGCUGCCGUCACGCAACCUGUCACCCAUCCCCACGCCCGAAAACGUCCCCCGCCUCUUCGACCUCGUCACGCCCAAAACGCCCCUCCUCGCGCCCGCCUUCUACAACGUCCUCCAAAACACGCUCGUCGCGGCAGACCUCGCGCAAGCCAACCGCAUCGCCUACGGCGCCCAGCGCUGGCGCGUAGUAACGCUCACCGGCGCACUCAUCGACAAGUCCGGCACGCUCACCGGCGGCGGCAGCACCAUCUCCCGCGGCCGCAUGUCCUCCAAACUCACCGCCGAGACGACCCGCGACCAAGUCACCGCUCUCGAAGUCGACCGCGACGCCCAAGAGCGCGCCUACACCGCCUUCCAGACGCAGCAGCGCGAGCUCGCGACCACACUCCGCGACCUUCGUGAACGCAUCCCCGAGACGCAAACCGCCAUCUCCAAGAUCGAACUCGAACUCUCCAGCGCCGCGCGCCACCUAGCCGACGCCGAGAAGCGCGUCAAGGAGCUAACGGUACGCGGGCGCAAGUCCAACGCCGACGAGAGCGUCGGCCGCAUCCGCACGCUCGAGCAGCACGUUGCCACGCUCGAGUCCGAGAUUUCCGAUCUGCACUCCGAGACGGCCGGUCUCGAAGCCGAGAUCCGCGAGCUGCAGGACCGCAUCAUGUCCGCCGGCGGCAUCCAGCUGCGGUCACAAAAAGGCAAAGUCGACGGGCUGCGCGAGCAGCUCGAGCUCGCCAACGAGCAGGUCGCCGCCGCGGACCUCGCGCGCGUGAAGGCCGAGAAAAACCUCGCGAAGGCGCAGAAGGCGCACUCGGGCGGUGUAGCGGAGCUGGAUGCCGUAGCAGAGGAGCUAGAGGCGCUGAAGGACGAGAUCCGCGCGCACCAGCUGUCCUGCCAAGAGAGCGCCGCGCGCGCCGAGGAGGCCGCAGCAUACCUGGAGGAGAAGAAAGACGGCCUCGCGGCCUUGAAAGCCGAGCUCGACGAGCGCACGGCGGAGCUGAACAAGACGCGGGCGGCAGAGAUCGAGAUGAAGAACAAGCUCGAGGAGCACCACAAAGUGCUCGUCGAGAACCAGAAGCGCAGCGCGCACUGGCAGAAGGAGCUCUCCAAGCUGUCUCUCCACAGCGUCGCAGGACUCACGGGCGGCGCAGGCGGGGAAGACGCAAUGGACGAGGACACCGAGAUGCCCGUGUACAGCCGCGACGAGCUCGCCGACCUCGACAAGGCGCAGCUAAACGCUCAGAUCGCCGCGCUCGAGGAGAAGCUGGCGAGCGUGAAUGUCGACCUGGCUGUUCUGGGCGAGUACCGUCGGCGUGUCGAGGAGCACGCCGCGCGGUCCGCCGACCUGGACACCGCUGUUGCCGCGCGCGACGGUGUGAAGACACGACUGGACGACCUCCGCAACCGGCGGUUGGAGGAGUUCAUGGCGGGCUUCAGCGCGAUCUCGCUGCGGCUGAAGGAGAUGUACCAGAUGAUCACUAUGGGCGGUAACGCUGAGCUCGAGCUGGUCGACAGUCUUGAUCCGUUCAGCGAGGGCAUCCUGUUCAGCGUGAUGCCGCCCAAGAAGAGCUGGAAGAACAUCUCGAACCUGAGUGGCGGGGAGAAGACGCUGAGUUCGCUGGCGCUCGUGUUUGCGCUGCACCAUUACAAGCCGACGCCGCUGUAUGUGAUGGACGAGAUUGACGCGGCGCUGGAUUUCCGGAAUGUCAGUAUUGUGGCGAGCUAUAUCAAGGAGCGCACAAAGAAUGCGCAGUUUAUUGUCAUCUCGUUGAGGAAUAAUAUGUUUGAGCUGGCGGAGAGGUUGGUGGGGGUGUAUAAGGUUAAUCAUAUGACCAAGAGCGUCACGAUCGAGAAUAGGGAUUACAUUGAGAAGCGCUGA